AUGUCCACCUUCGAGCCAGUGGUCGUCAUCGACGGCAAGGGACACCUCCUUGGUCGCCUGGCCAGCAUUGUGGCCAAGCAGUUGCUCAAUGGCCAGAAGAUUGUUGUAGUGCGAUGUGAAGCCCUCAACAUCUCUGGCGAAUUCUUCCGCGCUAAGCGUCCUUUCCAUUUCCGUGCUCCUUCCCGCAUUUUCUACAAGGCUGUCCGGGGUAUGAUUCCUCACAAGAGCGCUCGUGGCGCCGCUGCCAUGGAGAGACUGAAGGUCUUUGAGGGUGUCCCACCACCGUAUGACAAAAAGAAGCGGGUUGUCGUUCCCCAGGCCCUCCGAGUCCUCAGACUGAAACCGGGCCGCAAAUACUGCACUGUUGGACGGUUGAGUCAUGAGGUUGGCUGGAAGUACCAGGAUGUUGUUGCAAGACUCGAGGAGAGGAGAAAGGUCAAGGGAUCCGCAUACUACGAGCGCAAGAAGGCCGCGCGGAGACAACUUGUACAAGCCCAGAAGACUGCCAAUGUGGACCAAAAGACAAAGACCCAGUUGGCGGAGUAUGGCUAUUAG